AUGAACGUAGGAAAUCAAGUACUAAACCUUGAUAAGAUUUUACGAGAAGAUGAUGAUGAAUUUGAUUUUUUGCCAGCAGCAGGAUCGAAUUUAGCUGCUAUUUUUGGAUUACAAAUUAAAACAUCUGAUAGUUGUUUUUCAAUCAAACAAGUUUCUAAAAUGUCAAAUACUCCAUGUACUUCGACUCAACCAAUUUCAAAUAAAACAGAAGUCAUAAUAGCUAAAGCAGUUCAUGCAUUCAAAUUACAAAAUGGGGCUUACAUUUCAAUUGGCAAACUUGGUAUGGCUCUUACAGGAAAUCUUGCAACAAAAGUAUAUCAAAUUAUUUUAUAUAAAAGCAAGCAAGAACAUGUGUCAGUUGUUACAGUGACGCAUAACUUUUUAUAUAUAAUACAACCAAAUAAUUAUUCAAGUUAUUAUGAUAAUAAUAAUGAAGUUUGGACAAUUUUGUUUGAAAAUAAUGAUAUUUGUGUAGAAUUUGCUAAAGAAGUUGGAUUAGCUCGGUAUUUUUCAAAGAAUGGAAAGAUAGAAAAUGUACUUUAUCAAGAUUUAUCAUCAGCUGAUAAAGAUGUAAUAGUAAAAGAAGGAGAUAAAAUAUCUAUUAAAUAUUUUAUUAGACAAAUAACACAGUCACUUCUUAAAAACAUUCCACUAAAUUUUCAAACAAUGACAGUAGAAGUAUCUACAGAUGAUAAUUGGGAAAGAACACUCUUGGGAAGUAGUAAAGGACUAAAAAGAAUUUUGUUUGUUCCUCCCAGCAAACAGAUUAGUUUAGGACCAGGAUUUCCUAAGGAAAAAGAUAUUAUAUUAGAAGUAGAAAUAAUACAAAUACUCGAGGAGACUGAUCAUUUACAUAAAAGUCCAAGUGGUAAAGCUUCUAUUAUAUCACGAAUGGCAAAAAUGGGGCAAUCUAUAUUACCAAAACUUCCUACAUCUACAGAUUCCGAAGAUACUGAGGAUGAUAUACCAUGUAAGUCAACUCAGCAAAAGAAGGUAGAACCAGUAGAAGAAGAAUCACAAAACGCUUCCAUACAGAUACAACCAAAUUUUACCUUGGAUGGGCAAAUAUGUCCAUUACAGACACAAACAGUACCUUCAACAGUACCAACAAUAAUAGAUUCAGGGUUAACUAUGUUACUGUCUGAAACUAGAAUGACAAAUGCAGAACUCAGAAUGGGAAUGUCUAAAAUAGCUGACAAUGUACAAAAACUACUUGAUAAGUUUCAUGUUCUUGGACUACAAAAUGCUGCAUCUCCUAUAAAAGAUAAAACAGUUUCGGAUACUACUUUGAGUAUGUUAUUAGCCAUGAAUGCAUCUGAAGAAAAAGAUAGUCAGUCACAUAAGAAUAUUAAUAUAGCCACUGAAAAUUCCCUACAAUUAAAUGAAAUGAAACAGAGAAUGAGUUUAUUAGAGAAACAAUUAAAAGAGUCAAAAGAACAAAUAGACGAUCUUAAAACUCAAAAAGAAUUUUUGAUAGAAGCUAUUAAAAGCCUACAUAAAACUAUUGAAGAUUUAAAAAUAUCUUUAAAAGAUGCAGAUAUUUCAAAACAUAACAUGAAAAGAGAUAUAAAGGAAGUAAAAGAACUUAAUACUAUAUAUGAGAAAGAAAUAAUGGUGUUAGAAGAUAAAAUACUUAAGCUUUCUGAAGAAUGUAACACUACUGAAGAGGCAGGUGACUACCCACCUGAUUUUCUCAUACAAUUAUGA